CCCGACUCCACCAACACCUUCCCCCUCUUCCACAAGCUUCUCCUUUUGCUAUCCGUUUUAAGCUUCGCAGAUCGUCGAUAAUCCAUCGUCUUCGUCUCUCUCUGAAUCUCUAUCGUCGCAGAAAACCCUAAUUCUCUCUUUCUCCGAGUGUGUGAUUCUGAGUAUUUGGGGGGAAUUUCACUUGCCCUUUUUCGCGGAAAGAUGGCGGGACACGAGCGCUUGCCGUUGAGGAUGAAGAGGAAGGACAUUGACCGAGUCAACGAUGACUUCUCCGAUUUCACUCUGUCUUCUCAGGCUAGGAAGAUUCGCCGCCUGGAUGUGGAUUUACCACCGAUAAUGGAAGAAGAUGAGGCGCAGAUGGGGAUGGCGAUGGCGAAGCCUGUGACCGAAGAACUGAAUCCAGAACCGAUGAACGAAGAGAGAGCCAUUGUUGUGUACAAGCCUCUCCAAGCUCAUCAGUCUUACUGUGGAAACCUUCACGUUGAUACGGACUUGAUUUCUGGGUUCAAGAAUAAAUUCCUUCGUGCAGGCUAUUAUAACGAUGCAAGACUAGCCUACGAUGACUGUGAUGAAAAUCCAUCCAACAAUUGCCGAGCUGUAGUUCCUUACAUCCCUUCUCAGUUCCCUGUCACGAAAUCAGCAGAACCCUUCCAACAGCCCCACGAACUGGAGAUCACUGAGGUGGACGAGACGGGUGAGGAUGUGAUGAUGGAAGAAGCAACAAUGGAGAUCAAAGAGGGCAGUAACAGUAGCAUGCCUCUGCCACAAGAGCCGGAGUUUAAACAUUGGCAGCAACAACAACAACAACAACCACACUGUAUGAUUCCACAGCUUCCUCAAACCAACUCUACUCCCAUUUCAUGGUCCCCAUAACCAAAGUAAGGUGUAAGCCUCUCCCAUAUUCUUUUUUACCUUUUCUUUCUUCCCGCGAGAUCUCAUCGUGGGUUUGAAACAUCGGAAGCUUCAGAAUCACGUUCUAUCGUUAUGCUUUUUUCGGGUGGGACGAGAAAAAGGGCGGUAUUUAGGAAGUAGAAGUGGCCCUUAGAUAUAGAUUUCCUUAGGAAAGGUGGCAUCGUAGUUCCCUCGGUAUAUAUAAUAUAUGUACAUACUCUCGUCUCGGUCACCAGUCAAAAGCUUUUGAUGUUUUAUUUAUAUCCUCUGUCCGAAUGGAAUCGUCGAACGAAUUUGGCUGUUGAUUGUAUGAAGGAAAUAGUAUCAAUGUACAAACAGGAGAGAGCGCUUGGAUUGAUAUUUGUGUUUCCCGGUUUUGAUCGUUGAAGAACA